AUGUCUGCUUUCAAACCAAUUAAUUUAUUGGAUGACAUAAAUUCAAAAAAGGAUUUAGAAGAAGAACAUACUAGAGAAUUACAAGUAGAACAAGCAUUUGAGCUUUAUCAAAAGGCAUUAAGUCUUCAAAAUCAAAAGCAGUAUGUUGAGGCUUAUAAAGUAUACGAGAAGCUAUUUGUUCUCGACAUUAUUGGAAACUAUUAUUUUGAAGAGAUAGAUCUUAUUCGUGGAGUUCAAAAUGGUUCAAUGAAUAAAGUAACAGAUGAACUUUCUUCAUUAUCACCAAGUGUUAAGUCAUUGAGAUAUUUGAUUUUCAGAAAUAGAGGUUUCUUGUACAUGGAUAUUUUAAAACACAGCCUGCUUAUCGAGAAAUUAGUGGACAAUGAUACUUCAAUCGAUAAAAAGUUCAAAAGUUUAUUUUAUUCCAUGAUUGAAGACUUUUGUGUGGCUACAUUAUACAACGAAGCAGAUGAAAAACUUUUGGAUGUAUUGUAUAACAUUUUUACUUAUCUUGGACAAAAAAAGUUAGCAAAAUUUACGUUGGAAUAUAUUCUUAGUAGCAGGUUCGAAAGUGAUGAUUUAUUGGGUUUUCUACCGAUUAAUCAACAAGCGGAGGAUAAAUUGAAGUCAUUAAACAGUCAAUUAAAGGUGUCUCAACUAAAAUUAAAACCCGUGGAGGGGAUAAAGAAAAAAAAUUAUGACUUUUUAAAAAAGAUAAAACUUGAAUUUGAAGUUGUUCAAGAAAAGUUGCGACACAAGAACCAGGACGAAAUAUCUUGGAACCGUUCUUGGAAUAACCUUAUAAUCUCCAUUAAUAAGAAAAUAAAGAAGCAUGAAGAUGAAAAUAAGGUGGAGGACUUUCAGAAGCUGAAGCUCAAAUAUUUUGAUCCAUAUUUACUUACAGACGAACCAUUGGAGAGUAUCUCAUUCAAAAGCUGUCUUGAUGAUCCGACCGUAACAAAAGAAAUUGUGGAAGAACCAGUGCAACCGGAUAUCAUUGAAAUUGAGAAAGAAAUUCCAGAAAACGAAAUCAAUGAGCCAAAUGCACCAACAUUAAAAAUGGAUGACUUAGAAAAACAAUUAGAACUUGAUGCAAAGCAACAGAUACAACGUACAUCUAAACGAUUGUCAAGAGUUGAGUCUGAACCUGACAUACCAGCAAUUGAGCUUCAAAGUUCUCAUUUCCUUGGUUUGGACUACUCCGUUACUGAGUUAUCUACAUUGAUUCCAGAACUAAAAAUUACCAAAAUAUCGGACAUUUAUUUGGAAGAUCAAAAUUCAUCCACUCAAACUGAGAGUUUAUCAAGUCCCCUAUAUUUGAAAGACUUCAUCCACAUCAUGAAUGAUUGGAAACCUACAUUUACUAAAGACCUCAAUUCAUUGAAUUUAAACUCAUCAAAGUUCAGUGAUGAGAAUUUAAAGUUAUCAGAAUUGUUGGAAGGAUUUAGCAGUAAAUUUGAAAGACUAACUCAGAACAAGAAAAUCACUGACUUACCUUUAGUUACUAAUGACGACUUGCUGAAGAUACUAUCUCAAGACGAUGAUUAUAUCACGGUCAAAACAAAAAUCAUAAAUUAUUUGUUGGCCUCAGCAGCUCCCCCUAUUUUGAAUUUCAAAUGGGACAACGAACUAAUACUAAUUUUUAACGACUGGGUUUUGCAACUUGACAACUAUUUGUCAAAACAAUAUAUUCCUGCAAGCACGGCCAUGGGUAUACUUGAAAUACUUAUUGAUAAUUCAAUCACUUUGGAGCAUCAAGUAAAAGAUUCGGUGAAUUCUAAAAAAUUAAAUAAGGCAGUGGUGAAUGUAAUGUGUCAAGACUUAAUGAAAAUUAAUGAAAAAAUAUUAAAAUGGACCGGCAUUGUUGAAAAUUUAAUUAAUGAAAAUGAAGAAAAUGAAGAGAUGAUCUUUAUACUAAAAUCUAGAUUUGAAUGGAGUAAAAUUUUGAAGGAAAAUUCAGAAGCUAAAUCCAUGGAUGACAACAAAUCUGCUCAAUACUCAUUGAAGAAUUUUUCGAACUAUAUAUCUUAUUCGUCAUUCACUUUGAACAUACAUUAUCCGAACUACAAAAAUUUCCAUGCAUUAAAUUUAGAAAAUGUUCAGACACAAUUGACUAUUAUGUCGGUAUCAACAAUUUUUUGGCAAAUCCUAGCAGUCGAUACAAGAUCAGGUAACUCAGAAGCUAUCAAAUUACUUGAAGAUAUCUUGUUCGAAACAAAUGAAGUGGAUGAUGAUGCUAUUAAUUCAAUCAGACUGUUUAUGAAAUCCAACUCACUUGAUAUGAAGUUGAGUUUAUGGAAUAUAUUGAUGCAAUUUUAUAAGUCGCUAGAUAUGACUGAUAAAUUAGUGGUUGGAAUUGAGCAGAGUUUAUCGUUUUUCAAUAAGUAUUUGUUGUCAUUGCGAUAUAUAGAUUUGACUUAUGAGUCAAGAACUAGUAUUUUGUGCAAAAUAAUAGGAUUUUACAACACCAGCUUUUCAUAUUUAGUCGAACAAUUAGAAAAGCAAGCCUGGAAAAUGAAUCCGUCAAUGUCUUUGCUUUCCUUGAUCCCAAUAUUUGAAAUCUGCUUAUAUUUUGAAAUACAUGAAGAAGCUUGCAGUAUUAGUUCUUUAAAAACAUCUAUCAAAUCACAAUCUCAACAAUCAUACAACUCCUUAAAAGACUUGUUUUUAAAAACAGUAGUGGUGAUUUUAGCUUGUAUCGAAAAUCGGUAUUCAAAAAAUACCCUUAACCAAGCAAUAAAAAUAUUUCAUGCACAAUUGGGUGCUAGUGGUAUAUGUGAUGCCGCUGGUGGUGUAUUCUUGAGAGCUUCUCAAGAAUAUUUGUCAAAUAUCGAUGGAGCUGAUCAGGAUAUUAGUCAAUUAAUCAAAUGCAGAUACCACUAUAGUAUUUGUAUUGAUGGUUUUGUCCCUUUUGAGCAUGAGACUCAGAAGAAGGAAGGUCUAAAAAAAAAUGAGUGUUUGGAGUUAGCUAACUUUGUAUUACCAAUAUACUUUAAAACUAAUACUAUAAAAAAUGUGCCCAAGCAUGACAUGAAGGUGUUGAUUGAAGAAAUGUAUGAGGUUUUUGAUGACCCAGAUUACGACAAUGAUACAACGUUGGGUAGGAAUAAGGCAUAUUUUGAUUAUUUUUUAGAAUCUACAAGGAUUAAUCCAAGAUUUGUUCGUGAUGCUUUUCACGGAUUAGCAAAAUUAGAGUUAGAUAAAGCAAAGACAGAAAUUGGUUCAAGUGGUCUUUAUUACCUUCAAGGUUUACUUAUUUUUUCAAACUACAAGCAACGUAAGAAAAAUAUGCAAGGAAGAGCAGUCGAGAUCGAAAAUGCAAUAUCCUUGUUCACAAGUGAUUUGGUAUGUGGAAGCAAUAGAAUGGAAAGUUGGUUUUUGAUGGGUCAGGCUUAUGGCUACUUGGUGGAAGAUGAUUUAAUUUGGACUUCUGAUAAAUUAACCGUACCUGAUAGGAAAAAUGGAACUGCCAAUCUACAAAGAAAAUCUUUAAUUUGUUAUCUUAUGGCAAUUAAUUUCACUUUGGACAAUAAAUCCAAACUCAGAAUAAAGCCUAUAGUUUCAAGUUUGAUGUCAUCAUUCGCUAAGGAAUUAUUUGGAGCCAUAAUGGAACCGAUGGAUAUGUUAGCAUUGAAAGUUCACUCGCACCCAAAAUUUGUCAACAAACCUGGUGGUGCAAGUUUUAUCAAUGUUUCUGAAAAAACCGACUUGACAAAAAAAUUUUGCCUCAAUUUGAUCAAGCAAGCACUUCAUUUGGCGAUUAAGUCCAAUGAUAAAGAUUGGACUGACUAUUAUUACUUAGCCAAGGUACAAAAAAAAUGCAACCAAUCACCUAACUUAGUACUUGAAACGAUGAGCAGAUCCUGUGAUAUGGCAUUGAAAUCCAAGUCGAAUGAUCCAAUUCUCGAGCCGCUCUAUGGCUUGGUCACAUUGUGUUACAAGUAUGUUAAGUCAAAUCAAAUUUCAUUGGAUGAAGCAUUAGGUUAUUUGAAAAAAUCGACAAUGAUAGAAACUGAUAUAACUUCUGUUAGUGAUAAAGUUCAAUUUUACGAAUUGGUGAUGUCUGCUUUGAAACAAAUAGACGCAGCUGAUAAGAAAAAUUGGCAGCAUAAACCCACACACAAACUAGCGCAAAUUUUAUAUGAAGAAUUUAAUGAUGUUGAAGGUGCACAUAAAUUAAUGUCUAAUUUUAUAUCUUUGAGAUCUGUUAAUAAGCAAUUGGUGUCUAUUUGGAAGCCGGAAUCAGAGAGACCUGGGAAGCACUUUUUGUAUACUUUACAAUAUAUUAAAUUCUAUAUUGAAAUUUUGAAGCAAAAGAAAGACUUGAAUAGUUUGAUAGUUAUGAUUCCAAAAUUACGUCGGUCAAGUUCCAUAAUGGUCAAUUUGUACAAUGCUUGGGAACUUCUAUGUUCUUCAAUAUGUAUCAUUAUUAGAAAUGCAGUAAAUGUUGAUGAGACAUUCACUUUUACAGAUAAUUUUAUCAACAACUUACCUCACCUGGUUUUUUCAUUAAAUCAAAAAUCAAUGUUUGAUUUCUUGGAGCAUAAAGAGAUUCCUGACGAAUUAAUUCCGACUUUUUGCUUUUUAGAUGCUUUGAAUGAUGUUAAAAAAUCCAAUAACGGAUACGGUCCUACUUCAUUAAUUGAUGAUACAAUAGUUACCUUAUUUUUCAAAAUAUAUACUUUUUAUCAUAGUGAUACUAAUUUUUUCGCACAGAUGAACUCACCUGGUACAAAAAAGAAAAUUGCGAAGAAAGAUAUUUUUCCUUUGGUUAAUGAAUUGUUAAAGAUUGGAAGAAGAGAUGUGGAUUCGAGACUAAAAGCUCAAGAAGAUGGAUAUAAUGAUGUUUUGAGUGUAUUGAUUGAAAAGCAAGAUGAUAAGUUAAAAAUUAUAACGGAGAGUGAGGAGAAAGAUAAGGAGGGAAUUGAAUUGCAAUCGAUCAGCUCACAAUCAAAAGGUAAUGCUGCAAAUGAGGAAGAUAUCAAUUUUAUCGAAGAUUCUGGGGACAGAGAUAUGACGGUAGAGCUGACACCCAAUAAUGAAGAUAGAGAUCCUGUUCACCCUACUGAAGAAGCUGGUGAAAAUGAAAUAAUCAGUGUGUCACUGAAUCUGAUAGGAGAUACUCGUGCAAUUGAAACUAAUAUCAACGAGUCGCAACUAAAUUAUAAUGAUGAGAGAUAUGGUCUGAUUGAAGUGGUGGAAGAUGUUUUAUCCGAUAUAGGAAAUCCAAGCGUUGAUAUUCAAACUGUUCAAUCUGAGGUCAAUACAAAGUCUCGCUCUAGUUCAAACGAUUCUAGUUCGAACGAUUCAAGUCCAACCAGACCAGCUAAAAGAGAUUAUGAAAGAACUUUCGCAUUCGAUCCAAAAAGCGAUGAAAUAAUCAUCAUUGACUCAGACGAUGAACCAUUGAGUAAAAGAUUGAAAAAUUCUACGUAA